UCCGUGCCAAGUAGUACCGUUUGUGAGCUCUUCAACAGAUGGCGGCGGUGGCUGGGAGGACAUCCAGCGCAAAUCUGACGGGGUGGUGGCACCACCGAUGGGGUAGUCCAGUCCAGCUACCAUAGUUGGUUGUCUACUGCGGAACGGGAAUAAGGCCUGGUUAAUCUGACCUCAUUGGACAUUUCUUGCUACGGUCUUGGGUUUGUUUUGCUUUUUACCUCGGUUUUCCAUUGGAGGCCACGGGAACCUCGGGUUAGAUUUGGCGAAACACCGAUCCGAGUGGAAGAAGACAUCGGUGUGGUUGUUUGGAAAGUCUCGUGAAGUGUAUUUGCCAGAAUUUGGAGGCGUGAGAUCACAACAUAUUUAUUUUGUAGAGUCAAUAGUGUUUCCAGGAUAGCAAAAAGUGAAAUUUGAAAAGUGGAGUAGAAAACAAAGUUAAUGAGACAAGCUAACUAGUUAGCUAGUUUGCUAUAAUGCUAGUUAGCUGCCUAGCAGGGGAACUCUAGCAUAAUGAAUGAAUGAAUGAAUGAAUGAAUUGGCGACCAGGUGUGCUUCACUGAUGUUUCUACAAUAACACGUUGAAUAUCACAUAACAAUCAUUUGUUACAGUAGUGUGAGGCUGUUGGCUAACUCUUUGACUGUUACACUAGAUAACCACAAAUGGACAGGAAUGCGAUUCUUGAAUGUUGGUGGACAGCGGCGAUUUAGCACGCAAAGAUAAUGUUGUGCUAAUACUGACUUUGGGCUGUUAAUUUUAUGAGGCUGGAGUGAGCUAAUUUUAGCUAGCUACAAAUAUUUGCACUACUUGGACUUGGCUGCAAUACUGUGAAGCUUACACACGGUAUCGGAAUGGGGAAUACGUUGUCAUGCUGCGUCUCUCCCGAGUCGAGCCCCAAACUACCUUCGAGACAACCGGCGGAGCGGCUGGAGGAGUUCCAGACCAGCACCGAAGUGAGCGAUGAUAACACCGUGCCCUACCUGCAGCAUAUAAGCGACAGAGAGGUCCCUGAUGAACUGGCCCUGGAGUCCAACCCGUCAGACCACGCCCGAGCAAGCACCAUCUUCCUUAGCAAGUCCCAGACAGACAUACGAGACAAGAGGAAAAGCAACCACAUAAAUCAUAUCAGUCAUGUGUCUCCUGGUCCACUGUCAAAGAAAUACAGCUCCUGCUCCACAAUCUUCAUAGAUGACAACACUGUCAGUCAGCCAAACCUCAAAAGCACAAUCAAAUGUGUCACAUUAGCAAUAUACUACCACAUCAAAAACAGGGACUCGGACAGAUCACUGGACAUCUUUGAUGAGAAGUUGCACCCUUUAUCAAGAGAGCCGGUGCCAGAUGACUACUCCCGUGUAGACCCAGAACACAAACUGAUUUACCGCUUCGUCAGAACGCUCUUCAGCGCUGCACAGCUCACUGCAGAAUGUGCCAUUGUUACUCUAGUGUACUUAGAACGCCUACUGACCUACGCUGAGCUGGAUAUCUGCCCUGCCAACUGGAAGCGGAUCGUCCUGGGAGCCAUUUUGUUGGCUUCCAAGGUCUGGGAUGACCAGGCUGUGUGGAAUGUUGACUACUGCCAGAUCCUUAAAGACAUCACUGUGGAAGACAUGAAUGAGAUGGAGCGCCACUUCCUGGAACUUCUCCAGUUCAAUAUCAACGUCCCAGCCAGCGUCUAUGCCAAGUACUACUUUGAUCUGCGGCAGCUGGCUGAUGACAACAACCUCAGCUUCCCUCUGGAGCCUCUCAACAACCAGCGAGCCCAGAAACUAGAGGCCAUUUCAAGACUGUGUGAGGACAAGUACAAGGACCUGAGUCGAGCAGCGAUGAGGCGAUCCUUCAGCGCAGAUAACCUGAUAGGUAUACGACACUCCAACGCCGUGUUGUCAUAGGUCAGGCUCCUGCUGCAGUUGGAUUUCCAAAGCCCAGCUAACCCACCGCCAGUCAUGGACAAAUGCAGUCACCUCACAGGGUCAGCACGGCCACACCAGGCAGGAUUCAGCCUUGAAAGGCUACUGUAUGACCUGUCCAAACGGUAAUUUGCAUUACAUCUGUAGACCUGUGUGAUUGUCGAAUUAAACUUGAAAUUGAGGCGUUUACGUAAAACUUCACCACGCAACUAUUGUUUUUACAAAUCCCCUAUUUAUUUCUUACUUGUCUUUAUUUCCAUGUUAAAGCAUCAAGUAGGAAUUGCUCUGCUGCAGUUAUAACUGAGGGGUAAUCUUUGGAUUGUCAUGAAAAUGAAAUCUUUGCAAAAAAUGUUUUAAUUGUUCCAUGCAGCCUUAAAUAGUAAGGCUGGUGUUUUCUAUGUUUCAGCUGUUUGCGACGAAAUCCCAUGAAAAGACUAAGACCAAGAAUGUGUUAGUUUGUUUGUCUGUACUUCCCUACACUCUCUCUCACUCCCAAGGCCAUUGCUUAACAUUAAUAUUUAAUAUGGAAUACAUCUCAUAUCACAUAUACAAUUUAACUCUUAAAAAGACUCAGUCAUUUCUUAAAACAGGCAUCAUAUCAAAUAUUUCUCAAACAGGAGGAAAUGGUGUCUUUUUGAAGGGACUGUUUUAUGUCAUGGAUUAGGACACAUUUGGUGCUCUUCGUCCACUUUUGCAGCAGCAGAGGAUGUAUGUGCGAUUGACUCAUUUUCAGUGUUACUCCAGUGCGCGUGCUCAUGGUAGUGAAGGAACAACUAGGGCAACAGUGUGGCUGCCUGAUGAGUGUUUAAUGGAGCUCUGUGGCACAGUGGAGUCAGUUUUAUCAGGCUAUAGAUACAUAGACUAUACUUGUUUGUGAGAUCAAUCUGUUGUUGAUUUUGGUCUUCUCAUUGAAUUUGUUGACAAUUGGAAAAUAUAGAAUACAAGCGGACAUGACCUUGAAUAGGCACAUCACACUAAAUGCUAAAGCUGUUACUUGUGAAUUAGAGUUAAUACCAAAAUUUCUGACAGUGUUAAAAAAAAAAAGAAGACAACUUGUUUACUGUUCAUUCCAGUGGUCUUGGAUUGUGUUUCAGUAAAUUAAUCCACACAUUUGAGUUUGGAUGGAGCAUAUAACAUGUCUCAGAUGACAAAGUAUUGAACUGGGAGUCAGCUGUUAUAGUGUGUCUGUGAAUCAGGAGUGCCAAUCAGGGGUCAGCUUUCAGGGGGUCAGAAACGUCCCACAUACAGGCUCAGAGAGAGGCUCGAUAUAGCAGCUGACAUAAUGACAAAAUGUAGGUUGGGUCCACACUGUCCAGCCUCAGUAUUGUGUCCCUUUAUACUCUGCCAUCCUGACCCCGCCGCAAAGAGCCCGUCAACAGAUCCCCAAACCUGUGACUGUCCAAGACCCCGAGCGGGGUUUUCGAACAAACUACAUAGAUACUGAGGGGGGAAAAAGAGACUGAUGGAUGCUCCCCUCCUUUUUGCUUACUAUGUAGGCUACUAGCUGUGAAAUUUGUCUUUGUUUUUAAAUGAAACAAACAUUUGCAGAUGGAGUAUUUUAAAUAAACACUAAUCAUGUAACAAA